AAGCUGCUGGAGCAUCUUCCCUCAUCUGUUCCCUCAUCUGUUCCCCAGCGACCAGCUCCUGCUCCAGGGAACCAUACCGAGGCAGAGCCGGGGCAGACAUGGGCUGCAGGCGGGGAGGGAGCCUCCAUCCGUUGCUGAGUUAGCUCCUGACUCGUCCUUUGUGUUAUAGAUCCGGCAGCACCGCGCACAGACCCGCACCAUGGCCAAACAGUACGAUGUGCUCUUCCGACUCCUGCUGCUCGGAGACUCCGGGGUCGGGAAAACAUGUUUGUUGUGCAGAUUCACGGACAACGAGUUUCACCCGUCUCACAUCUCCACCAUCGGCGUCGACUUCAAAAUGAAGACACUGCUAAUAGAUGGUAUCAAAGUGCGGACACAGAUAUGGGACACUGCGGGUCAGGAGAGAUACCAGACCAUCACCAAGCAGUACUACAGACGAGCACAGGGGAUCUUCCUGGUGUACGACAUCACGAGUGAGCGAUCCUUCCAGCACAUCAUGAAAUGGGCCAGUGACGUGGACGAGUACGCUCCUGAGAAGGUCCAGAAGAUCCUCGUGGCCAACAAGUCGGACGAGGUGGACAAACGGCAGGUGGCCACGGAGCAAGGCAUCAAGUUGGCCAAGGCUUACGGAAUGGACUUCUUCGAGACAAGUGCCUUCACCAACCACAACAUAGCAGAGUCUUUCACCAGAUUGGCUGAGCAGGUGCUGGCGGCCAAUAAAAAGGACCUGGAUCUUCUCCGGAUGUCGGAUAAUGACGAGCUGGACCUUACGGCUCUGGAGGAGAAGGAGGGACUCUGCGGCGGCGAGGUGGACGACCAACGCAAAGGCUGCUGGUGUUAGAGUGACCGUGUGGACAGCCUGAUUGUUUUUGUUUUGUUUUUUUGGGUUGAAUAUACGUCAUCGCCACACACUUUGGAAACUCCUGGAAAAAAAUGUCCUUUGGUAAUUUAGCUUCUGUAGGUUUCCCUCUGUUUGCCGCUGCGUCAGGUUCAAGGAUAAAAACAUUUUUGCCGAAUGGUGCCAAGUGUGUGGUGAAUCAACCAAGUGAAGGUCCACAUGUCCAGGUUUCCACUCGGUGGCUCCGAAACUUUUGUUUUGCUCAAAAGCACCAGUUCCUGCUCAGUUCUGUUCAGCGUAUCUUUGAUGUAACCAAAUACAAUCUCUGUCCAGUAAAAAAAAAAAACAUACACAACGUCCUGAAGAGCUGCAAAACCAAGUCUUCAUCA